AUGGACGAGACCUGGAUCCACCACUUUGAUCCCGAAACCAAACAACAAUCAAUGACUUGGAAACGAGCUUCCUCACCAACGCCGAAGAAAUUCAAAGUGUCAAGUUCAGCGGGAAAGGUUAUGGCGUCUGUUUUCUGGGAUGCAGAAGGAAUUAUUAUGGUGGAAUAUUUGGAAAAGGGGGCCACUAUAACAGGCUCUUACUACGCAGGCCAAAUAAGAAGAUUGCGAGAAGCUAUUAAGUCAAAAAGACGCGGUAAACUGCGCGCUGGAGUGCUGUUUCACCAAGACAACGCCCCGGCUCACAAAGCCGCAGUUGCGAUGGCUGCCAUUGAAGAAACGGGGUUCGAACUGCUCGAACACCCUCCCUAUUCGCCAGAUCUAGCUCCCAGUGACUUCUACCUCUUUCCUCGGCUCAAAGAACACCUCCGGGGCAACAAAUUUGAGGACAAUAGUGAAGUGAUGGCCGCAGUAGAGGCAUUUUGGGAGGGUCAGACAAAGAAUUUUUUUCUAAGGGAAUCAUGGGCUUAG